UUACAAGUUGAAGAGUACUGAAGAUCUAAGAUCAUUUACAUCCCUUGGGAAGAAAAAAAUAACAUAGCCUUCUAGGGCAAAGAAGAGAGAACUGAAAAGUUGCAGGAUAUUUCACAGGCCAAAGUACAUCUGCCGGAUUUGCUGUCUCUCAAAUCCCACACUCGGCUGGAGUGCUUCCCUCUUCCUGACAACGGAGGAGGGUUGCUGAGGAAUAUGUCCUCAUCUUUUCUUUGGGGUUUGGUGAUUUUGUUGACAUUUGCUGAAUCAAAUGGUGAAACUGGAGAACUUGAGCUGCAGAGACCAAAGAGAAGUACUGAGCUCCAACAGCCUCGGAUGGCUGCAGAGAGGGGAAAUUUAGUGUUUCUUACUGGGUCUGCUCAAAACAUUGAAUUCAGAACUGGAUCGCUGGGAAAGAUCAAAUUAAAUGGGGAAGAUCUUGGCGAAUGUUUACAUCAGAUACAGAAAAACAAAGAUGAUAUAACAGAUUUAAAAAGGACCUCAGUCGGUCUGCCUCAAAAUAUUUCCAAUCAAAUACAUCAACUUAAUUCUAAGCUUGUGGAUCUGGAGAGAAAAUUUCAAAACUUACAGCAGACAGUUGACAGGAAGGUGUGCAGCAGCAAUCCCUGCCAAAAUGGGGGGACGUGCCUCAAUCUCCACGAUUCCUUUUAUUGCAUCUGUCCCUCCCAGUGGAAGGGUCCUCUGUGCUCAGUUGAUGUGAAUGAAUGUGAGCUUUACUCGGGAACCCCCCUGGGCUGCCAGAAUGGAGCCACAUGUGAAAAUACAGCGGGGAGUUACAGCUGUCUCUGCUCACCUGAGACACACGGCCCCCAGUGUGCGUCCAGAUACGAUGACUGUGAAGGGGGCUCCAAGGAGCUCUGCGGCCACGGCAUCUGUGAGGACCGAGUCCGCGUGCAGGUUGGCCAGCCCAAAUACAGCUGCAUCUGUGAUGCAGGGUGGACGUCCUCGCUGAACAGCUUGGCCUGCUUGCUGGACAUAGAUGAGUGCAGCCUCCCACAGGCGCCGUGCUCAGCCCUCGCACCGUGCUUCAACACACCAGGCUCUUUCUACUGCGGGGCCUGCCCAACAGGCUGGCAAGGAAAUGGAUACAGUUGCCAAGACAUCAAUGAAUGUGAGAUCAAUAAUGGCGGCUGUUCUGUGGUUCCGCCUGUCACCUGUGUGAAUACAUUGGGGUCUUACCACUGUCAAGCCUGUCCACCAGGGUACCAAGGCGAUGGAAGAGUGUGCACACCCAUUGACAUCUGCUCCAUCAAUAAUGGAGGCUGCCACCCGGACGCGUCAUGCUCCUCGGUUCUCGGUUCCUUACCUCUCUGCACUUGUCUCCCGGGGUUUACCGGAAAUGGUUAUGGGCCAAAUGGAUGUGUGCAACUCAGUAACAUUUGCCAGAGCCACCCCUGUUUAAAUGGGCAGUGCAUUGAAACAGUCUCCAGUUAUCUUUGUAAGUGUGAAUCAGGUUGGGCUGGCAUCAACUGUACAGAAAAUAUAAACGAGUGUCUGAGCAACCCCUGCUUGAAUGGGGGAACUUGUGUGGAUGGCGUUAAUGCUUUCAGCUGUGAAUGCACACGUUCCUGGACUGGACUCCUCUGUCAGAUUCCCCAGCAAGUUUGUGGAGGGUCCCUCUCAGGGAUGAAUGGAAGUUUCAGCUAUGCGGGCCCUGACGUUGGUUACGUACAUGAUGUCAACUGCUUCUGGGUUAUCCGAACUGAAGAGGGAAAGGUGCUGCGUAUCACUUUCACUUUUUUCCGGUUAGAAUCAGUCAGCAAUUGUCCACACGAGUUUCUUCAGAUUCACGAUGGAGAGUCCUCUGCGGCACUCCAGCUUGGAAGAUUCUGUGGCUCUGAUCUCCCUCAUGACUUCCUCAGUAGUGACAAUGCCCUCUAUUUUCAUCUCCAUUCUGAACAUUUCAGAAGUGAGAGGGGCUUUACAAUAAGAUGGGAAACGCAGCAACCAGAGUGUGGAGGUGUACUGACGGGUACUUAUGGUUCGAUUAAAUCUCCGGGAUAUCCUGGAAACUAUCCUCCAGGAAGAGAUUGUGUCUGGAAAGUAAUAACCAGUCCUGGGCUCUUGAUCACAUUUACUUUUGGGACCUUGAGUCUGGAGCACCAUGAUGAUUGCAGCAAAGAUUAUCUUGAGAUUCGAGAUGGUCCUUUGUAUCAGGACUCUGUUCUUGGGAAAUUCUGUACCACUUUCUCUGUCCCACCACUCCAGACUACAGGUCCCUUUGCCAGAAUUCAUUUUCAUUCCGACAACCAGAUUAAUGACCAAGGCUUCCAUGUCACCUACUUAACAUCACCCGCGGAUCUGCACUGUGGAGGAAACUACACAGACCCAGAGGGUCUUCUGUCUUCUGACUUGUCUGGACCUUUCACUCACAGCAGACAGUGCAUCUACAUUAUAACGCAGCCCGUGGGAGAACAAAUACAGAUCAACUUCACCCAUGUGGAGCUGGAAGGCCAGAGUGUCUGUUCCCUGAGUUACAUGGAGGUUCGAGAUGAUCAAACCUUACUUGGAAAAGUCUGCGGCAGUGAAACCCUCUCUCACAUUAAAUCCAUUACUAAUAGUAUCUGGAUCAGGCUUAAAAUAGAUUCUUCUGUUGUAAGAGCUAGUUUCAGAGCUGUUUAUCAAGUUGCAUGUGGAGGAGAAUUAACCGGAGAAGGGUUCAUUCGCUCACCUUUUCAUCCUAACGUGUAUCCGGCAGAAAGGAUCUGCAGGUGGACCAUCCGCCAGCCCCAAAGCCAAGUAGUUAUUUUCAAUUUCACUGCCUUUGAAAUUGGAAAUUCUGCCCACUGUGAUAGAGAUUAUAUAGAGAUUGGUAGCAGUCCAAUUUUGGGUUCUCCUGAAAAUAAAAAAUAUUGUGGCACAGACAUACCUUCAUUUAUAACAUCUGUGUACAAUUUUCUUUAUGUCAUAUUUGUGAAAAGUUCUUCUACUGAAAAUCGUGGUUUCAUGGCCAAAUUCAGUUCUGCAGAUUUGGCAUGUGGAAAAAUUCUGACAGAGUCAACAGGAAUCAUUCAAAGUCCUGGCCAUCCAAAUAUCUACCCUCAUGGCAUCAGCUGUACCUGGCAUAUAUUAGUCCAACCCGGGCACCUGGUUCAUUUGAUCUUCAGGGUGUUUCAUCUGCAAUUUCAUUACAAUUGCACAAAUGACUACUUGGAAGUUUAUGACACUGGUUCCGAGACAUCUCUUGGGAGAUACUGUGGAAAAUCAAUCCCACCGUCUCUUACCAGUAGUACCAACUCAUUAAUGCUUAAAUUUGUGGCUGACUCUGACCUUGCUUAUGAAGGCUUUUUAAUAAGCUAUGAAGCAACCAAUGCAUCAACAGCAUGCAUGGAAGACUAUACAGAAGAAUCUGGGACUUUCACUUCUCCAAACUUCCCUGAUAAUUAUCCAAACAAUUGGAAAUGUGUUUAUAGGAUCACGGUGGAAACCAGCCAACAGAUUGCAUUACACUUCACAAAUUUCUCUUUGGAGGAGGCCAUUGGUGGGCACUGUAUAGAUUUUGUGGAAAUCAGAGAUGGAGGCUAUGAAAGUUCACCAUCCCUGGGAACAUACUGUGGCUCAAAUCCACCUCCAAGAAUCAUCUCUCACAGCAACAAACUAUGGUUACAAUUUAAGAGUGACUUCCUUGGCUCGGGGCCUGGAUUCUCAGUUAACUGGGAUGGAUCAUUGACCGGAUGUGGGGGCAAUCUCACGACUCCCACUGGCGUGUUCACUUCUCCCAACUACCCGAUGCCCUACUACCACAGCUCUGAAUGCUAUUGGAGGUUGAAAUCCAGCCAUGGCAGCCCAUUCGAACUGGAAUUUGAAGACUUCCACUUGGAGCAUCACCCAAACUGCACGUCGGAUUAUCUGGCGGUGUAUGACGGCCCAAGUACCACCUCUCAUUUGCUAAGUCAGCUUUGUGGGAAUGAAAAACCGCCUCUCAUCCGUUCUAGUGGAGACAGCAUGUUUUUAAAAUUCAGGACAGAUGAAGGUCAACAAGGAGGUGGCUUCCUAGCCAAAUACCAGCAGACAUGUAGGAACGUGACGAUUGUGAACCGAACCUACGGCCUCUUAGAGAGUAUACAUUACCCAGGUCCCUAUUCGGACAAUCAACGUUGCAAUUGGACCAUCCAGGCAACUACUGGCAACACGGUGAAUUACACAUUUUUAGCAUUUGAAUUGGAAAAUCACGUAAGCUGCUUGACAGACUAUUUAGAGCUCUACGAUGGCUCCGAGCGGAUUGGGCGCUACUGUGGAGCGCAGACGCCGCCCUCGGGGAGCACCACAGGCUCCCAGCUUCAGGUGCUGUUCUACACCGAUGGGGUCGGUCACGGUGAGAAAGGAUUCCAGAUGCAGUGGUUCGUUCACGGUUGCGGUGGGGAGUUGUCUGGGCCCACGGGCUCCUUCAGCAGCCCCGGAUACCCUAACACGUAUCCCCCGAACAAGGAGUGCCUCUGGUAUAUUACCACAGCCCCUGGGAGUAGCAUUCAGCUUACCAUCCAUGACUUUGAUGUGGAGUAUCAUGCAAUGUGCAACUUUGACAUCCUGGAGGUCUAUGGAGGCCCCGAUUUCCACUCUCCCCGAAUAGCCCAGCUGUGUGCCCAAAGAUCAUCUGAGAAUCCCAUGCAGGUCUCCAGCACUGGAAAUGAGCUAGCCAUCCGUUUCAAGACCGACAGCUCUAUAAAUGGGAGAGGCUUCAAUGCCUCAUGGCAAGCAGUCCCUGGAGGUUGUGGUGGGAUUUUCCAGGCUCCCGCUGGAGAGAUUCAUUCUCCAAAUUACCCCAGUCCUUACAGGCGUAACACUGACUGCUCCUGGGUCAUUCGGGUGGAAAGAAAUCACCGUGUUCUCUUGAACUUCACUGAUUUUGACCUUGAACCUCAGGACUCUUGUAUUACGGCCUAUGAUGGUAUAAGCGCCAUGACUACCCGCCUUGCCCAUGUGUGUGGAAGACAGCAGCUGGCUAACCCCAUCACCUCUUCAGGAAACAGCCUCUUUCUGCGAUUUCAGUCUGGCCCUUCCAGACAGAGCAGGGGCUUCCGAGCCCACUUCAGGCAAGCCUGUGGAAGCUACAUCCUCACCAGCUCCUCUGAUACCAUAUCCUCUCCAUUGUUUCCCGCCAAGUAUCCAAACAAUCAGAACUGCAGCUGGAUAAUUCAAGCUCAGCCUCCGUUCAACCACAUUACGCUCUCCUUUGACCACUUCCAACUUGAAAGCAGCACAACGUGUUCACAAGACUUUAUAGAAAUUUUGGACGGCCAUCACGAUGACGCACCCCUCCGAGGCCGCUACUGUGGCACGUCCAUGCCCCAUCCCAUCACCUCCUUCAGCCGCGCUCUGACACUGAGGUUUGUCUCUGACUCUACACUGAACGCCGAAGGUUUCCAUGCUACGUACGCUGCAUCCUCGUCAGCUUGUGGUGGAACCUUCCACAUGGCUGAAGGCAUCUUCAACAGCCCUGGCUACCCGGAAGUUUAUCCCUCUAAUGUGGAAUGUGUCUGGAACAUUGUCAGUUCCCCUGGCAACCGGCUCCAGCUGUCUUUUAUAACUUUCCAGUUGGAGGAUUCUCAGGACUGUAGUAGAGAUUUUGUGGAGGUCCGUGAAGGAAAUGCCACCGGUCACUUGGUGGGGCGAUACUGUGGAAAUGUCCUCCCCCUCAAUUAUUCAACCAUUGUUGGGCAUAUCCUUUGGAUCAGAUUUGUCUCCGAUGGCUCAGGCAGUGGUACAGGCUUUCAAGCCACAUUUACUAAAAUAUUUGGCAAUGAUAAUAUCAUGGGAACUCAUGGGAAAAUUGCCUCUCCCUUAUGGCCUGGACGUUACCCCCACAACUCCAAUUACCAAUGGAUAGUAAAUGUGAAUGCAUCUCAAGUUAUACAUGGUAGAAUCUUGGAGAUAGACAUUGAAGCAGCACAUAGCUGCUAUUAUGACAAAUUAAGGAUUUAUGAUGGCCUUGGUGUUCAUUCCCGCCUAAUUGGAACUUAUUGUGGUACCCAGACCGCAACUUUUAGCUCCUCUAGAAAUUCUUUGACAUUUCAGUUUUCUUCCGACUCUUCAAUCACGGGGAAAGGAUUCCUUCUGGAGUGGUUUGCAGUGAAUGCCUCUGUUGGACCUUUACCUACUAUUGCUACAGGUGCUUGUGGUGGCUUCCUGAGGACAGGAGAUGCACCUGUCUUUCUCUUCUCCCCAGGCUGGCCUGAAAGCUACAGUAACAACAUUGAUUGCAUGUGGCUUAUUCAUGCUCCAGAUUCGACUGUGGAACUCAACAUCCUUUCCCUGGACAUCGAAGCUCACAGAACCUGUGACUAUGACAAACUUGUGAUAAGAGAUGGAGACAGUAACCUGGCCCCGCAGCUGGCCGUUCUCUGUGGCAGAGAGCUCCCGGGACCCAUCCGGUCCACCGGCGAGUACAUGUUCCUCCGGCUCACCUCGGACUUCAGUGUAACCGCAGCGGGCUUUAAUGCAUCCUUUCACAAAAGUUGUGGUGGAUAUCUGCACGCAGACCGAGGCAUAAUCACAUCCCCUCAGUAUCCAGAGACCUACGGUCCCAACCUCAACUGCUCUUGGCACGUCCUGGUUCAGAGUGGUCUGACCAUUGCUGUCCAUUUUGAACAGCCCUUCCAGAUUCCAAAUGGAGAUGCUUCUUGCAGCCGGGGGGACUACUUGGUGCUGAAAAAUGGGCCUGACAUCUCUUCUCCACCCCUGGGACUCCGUGGAGGAAAUGGUCAUUUUUGUGGCGGCCGUCCUUCAUCCACUCUGUUCACCUCAGAUAACCGAAUGUUUGUUCGGUUUAUUUCUGACGCCAGUAAUGGAGGGCAAGGAUUUAAGAUCAGAUAUGAGGCAAAGAGUUUAGCCUGUGGGGGCAACAUCUACAUCCACGAUGUGGAUUCUGCAGGGUAUGUGACCUCCCCUGGGCACCCUGACAAUUACCCCCAGCACGCUGAUUGUACUUGGCUCCUAGCAGCUCCUCCUGGGAAACUCAUACGGCUGCAGUUUGAAGAUCAAUUCAAUAUUGAAGAAACACCCAACUGCACAUCCAAUUACCUCGAGUUGCGAGAUGGGCCUGAUUCAAAUGCACCAGUAAUUUCCAGGGUUUGUGGGAGAUCUUUGCCCAGCAGCCAGCUGUCCUCAGGAGAUGUGAUGUAUUUGAGAUUCCGAUCAGACAACAGCCCCACUCAUGUGGGGUUCAAGAUCAAGUAUGCUAUAGCUCACUGUGGGGGAAGAGUGACAGGGCAAAGUAGCGUCAUUGAAAGCAGUGGAUAUCCAACCCUUCCGUAUAGAGACAAUUUAUUCUGUGAGUGGCAUCUCGAGGGUCCCUCAGGACACUAUCUCACCAUCCACUUUGAAGACUUUAACCUUCAGAAUUCCUCUGGCUGUGAAAAAGACUUUGUGGAGAUCUGGGAAAACCAUACCUCUGGAAGUUUAUUGGGCAGAUACUGUGGAAACACCAUUCCAGACAGCAUAGACACUUCUAGCAAUGUUGCUCUGGUGAAGUUUGUCACAGAUGGCUCUCUUACUGCCUCAGGAUUCAGACUGCGGUUUGAAUCCAGCAUGGAAGAGUGUGGGGGGGAUCUGCAAGGCCCUACGGGAACGUUUACCUCUCCCAACUACCCGCACCCGAAUCCUCACGGCCGCGUCUGCGAGUGGAGGAUCACAGUGCAGGAGGGAAGGCGGAUCACCCUGACUUUCAACGACCUGAGUCUGGAAGCUCACCCAUCCUGCCGCAGCAAGCGUGUCACAGUCUUCAAUGGCAUUAGAAGUAACUCACCCCAACUAGAGACACUGUGUAGUAGUGCGAACAUGAGUGAUGCGAUCAAAUCUUCAGGAAAUACAAUGAAAGUCGUGUUUUUCACUGAUGGAUCCAGGCCCUAUGGAGGCUUCAGUGCUUCCUACACGUCCAGCGAAGAUGCAGUGUGUGGUGGGUCCCUUACACAUUCCCCUAAAGGAAACUUCACUUCUCCUGGCUAUAACGGAGUCAGUAAUUACUCAAGAAACUUAAACUGUGAAUGGACUCUCAGCAAUCCAAGUCAGGGAAAUUCAUCCAUUUACAUUCACUUUGAGGAUUUUUACCUGGAAAGUCACCAAGAUUGUCAGUUGGAUGUCCUUGAGUUCCGAGUGGGUAAUGCUGAUGGGCCUCUGAUGUGGAGACUUUGUGGACCUUCAAAACCUACAGUGCCCCUGGUUACACCUUAUUCUCAGGUAUGGAUACACUUUGUCACCAAUGAACGCGUAGAACAUGUUGGAUUCCAUGCGGAGUAUUCUUUUACAGACUGUGGUGGAAUACAGCUGGGUGAGAGUGGAGUGAUCACAAGCCCCAACUAUCCAGCCUCUUAUGAUAGCUUGACCCAUUGUUCCUGGUUGUUGGAAGCCCCACAAGGCCAUACCAUCACCCUAACAUUUAGUGACUUUGAUAUUGAAGCCCAUGCAACCUGUGUUUGGGACUCUGUCACUGUCAGGAACGGUGGUUCUCCUGGAUCACCCAUAAUAGGACAAUACUGUGGAAGUUCAAACCCCAGGACGAUCCAGUCUGGUUCCAACCAGCUGAUGGUGAUUUUUAACUCGGACCAUUCAGUGCAAAAUGGUGGAUUUUAUGCCACAUGGAACACACAGACUUUAGGUUGUGGGGGAAUACUUCAUUCAGAUAAUGGUACAAUCAGAUCCCCUCACUGGCCUCAGAAUUUUCCUGAGAACAGCAGAUGCUCCUGGACCGUCAUUACUCACGAAAGCCAACAGUUGGAGAUCAGCUUUGACAACAACUUCCUAAUCCCCAGCGGUGAUGGACAAUGUCAGACCAGCUUCGUGAAGGUGUGGGCGGGGACUGAGGAAGUCGACGACGCCUUGUUAGCCACCAGCUGUGGGAGCAGGGCUCCCGCGUCCAUCCUCACGCCAAGAAAUGCGUUCACGGCUGUGUUCCAGUCUCAGGAAACCCCAGCUCAGGGCUUCUCUGCAUCCUUUGUGAGCCGAUGUGGAGGUAAUUUCACAAACCCUUCAGGUUACAUCCUUUCUCCAAACUACCCAAAGCAAUAUGACAACAACAUGAAUUGCACCUACUUCAUAGAGGCUGGUCCUUUGUCCCUGGUCCUCCUGACUUUUGAGUCUUUCCAUCUGGAAGCGCGCUCGGCUGUAACCGGAAGCUGUGCCAGUGAUGGCGUCCACAUCAUCAGGGCUUCCAACUUCUCUUCCGCACCUUUUGCCACUGUGUGUGGCGAUGAAAUCCUGUCUCCUGUCACCCUCUUAGGCCCGGUGAUGCUCAACUUCUACUCUAAUGCGCACAUCACAGACCUUGGAUUCAAGUUUAACUAUAAGAUCACCCCCUGUGGGGGAGUGUUCAACUUCUCCACCGGGGUCAUCAAGAGCCCUGCCUAUUCGUAUUCGGACUACCCUAACGACAUACACUGUUCGUACACCAUCAUCGGUAGAGAUGACAGAGUGCUUCAGCUGAAGUUUAGUGAUUUCGAUGUGGUUCCCUCCACCUUCUGCUCCCAAGACUACCUGGCAAUAUAUGAUGGUUCUAACGUCAGUGAUCCCCUUCUUGGAAAAUUCUGCGGUUCUGAGCUUCCACCCAAUAUUAAGAGCAGCAAUCACAGUUUGCUUCUGGUAUUCAAGACAGAUUCAUUUCAAACAGCAAGAGGUUGGAAAAUAUCUUUCUGGCAGACGCUGGGGCCUCGGCAAGGAUGUGGUGGUUAUCUGACAGGUUCAAAUAAUACCCUCGCCUCUCCUGAUUCUGACGCCAAUGGAAGAUACGACAAGAAUUUAAACUGCAUCUGGAUCAUCACUGCACCUGUAAACAAACUAAUUAAACUUACCUUCAACACAUUUUCUCUGGAGGCGUACAGUAUUUUGCAAAGAUGCAUAUAUGAUUAUGUAAAGUUGUACGAUGGAGAUAGUGAAAAUGCCAACUUAGCUGGAACAUUUUGCGGUUCCAUUGUACCUGCUCCCUUUAUCUCUUCUGGUAACUUCCUGACGCUUCAGUUUGUCAGUGACGCAACUUUAGAACGGGAAGGAUUUAAUGCUACGUAUACCAUCAUAGACAUGCCUUGUGGUGGAACAUAUAAUGCAACUUGGGCCCCGCAGAGUAUUUCAUCACCCAAUUCAUCAAACCCAGAAAUCCCACUUUCCAUGUGUACUUGGGUCCUUGAAGCCCCUCCGCAUCAGCAGGUCAAGAUAACAGUGUUGGCCCUGCGGCUGCACUCCGAGGACUGUGACCGGAAUUACCUAGAGUUUCAGGACUCACCUGAGGGUCACGUAAAUCCAGGACUUCCGGUCUGUGGCGGAAAUGCUUCGGCGGCGCCAGCGUUCUAUUCUUCCGGGAGCACGGCCGUCGUCGUCUUCAAGGCCGAGGUCCUCAGCGCAGACUCCGGCGUGCGUUUCACCUAUCAGAUUGCAGGUUGCAGCAGAGACUAUAACAAGGCUUUCGGCCAUCUGAAGAGCCCUGGAUGGCCACAUAAUUACGACAAUAACUUGGAUUGCACAGUUACCCUCACAGCCCCCCAGAACCACACUAUUUCCCUCUUCUUUCAUUCGUUUGGUAUCGAGGACUCCAAUGAAUGCACACAUGAUUUCUUGGAGGUCAGAAAUGGAAGUGAUAGCAGUUCACCAUUACUUGGCACGUACUGUGGAGCUCUGCUGCCAAACCCCAUCUUCUCUCAGAACCAUGAACUAUAUCUACGGUUUAAGAGUGACAGUGCGACUUCCAGCCACGGGUAUGAAAUUCUCUGGACCUCGUCACCCUCUGGCUGUGGUGGAACGCUCUAUGGGGACAAUGGCUCCUUCACCAGCCCCGGCUAUCCGGACACAUACCCAAACAACACUCACUGCGAAUGGGCCAUCACUGCACCUGCUGGAAGACCUGUCACUGUCAGCUUUUACUUUAUUAGCAUUGAUGAUCCCGGAGACUGCAUCCAGAACUACCUCAUCCUCUACGAUGGACCAGAUGCUAAUUCCCCAUCCUCUGGACCAUAUUGUGGGGCAGACACUAACAUAGCUCACUUUAUGGCUUCUUCGCAUCGGGUCUUCGUAAAAUUUCAUGCAGAGUAUGCGGUACAGCCAUCAGCUUUCCGCUUAACCUGGGACAGCUAAUGGGGCGAUGUGGUGUGUUGGGCCCAUUGGACAUGACACUGGACAGACGUCAGGACAGAAUCCUCAUACAGCAUUCCACCUGGCCACUGGAAAUAACCUGAACUUUUUCUUUUCACCAAAGUAUGUGUGGAAUCAAUGUCUGUUUAUUGAAAAAAAUAUAGACUGUAGCUUCUUUAGUCUUGGCUGUGCAUGUCAUCCUCACUUCUAACGCUUUGAGCUGAACAUCUUCUUAAAAUUCCUUAAAGAACUGGAAAUAGUGAUGACAUAUGUGAUGUCAGUUGUCAAAAGUUAAUGACAAAAUAGCAUGCUUUUCCCUGUGAAUGUCAAAUCAGAGGUAAUGAACAUUCUUGAAUGGUACGCAAUGAAUGUCGCAUUAAUUUUUAACUCAUCAAAGUUUUGUCUUUCACUAGCAGAUCUAUGUAAGGUUUCAAGUUGAAUUUUUACAUUUGGAUGAACAAUACAAAUCCUGCAGACCAUGAACUCCAGGGCCGCACUGCCUGAAUCGGCAGUCUCGCGCUUGUCAUUCAGGGCUGCCUUAACUUCUCUGUGCUUUCGUUUCCACAAGUCCCACCACUGUCCACUCCUCGCUUCCUAACACAGUCUGUAGAGUCACAAUGGCUUAGCCAAGCUUUUAUAAAGUUUUCUGAGGCCUUUAACAAAGCAAGAGCAUCUAUAUUAAAUACACAAAGUUAAGUCUUAAUAACAACAUGGGACAAAGUGAAAGAAGCUGUGUGAUGUGUUAUUUCAUGUUACUCGAAUACUCGAGUGCCAGAAAAAUUAUUUCUGCACAGAGUACAGAUCCACAUAAAUAAAAUAUUCCUACCUUUAAAAGUCCUGCCUCCUUAGG